GAUGGCCACGGCACAAAGACUUCUCAUCACUAUGUCCUGCGACGCCAGCGCUCGCCGGACGUUGCCUGCGUUCCUUCUGCUGGGUUUGCUCGCCGGGAUUGCUGCCACACACCCAGUUGUAAGCAGAACUAAUGGCACAUUGCUGGAGAGAGGAUGGCAAUCUCUGCUGUCCAGGUCCAUGGCUGGGAUGUCAGGGGAGAAGGCAGAUGUGAACUGGGAGAGUGACUAUUUGCUAGGAAUCAAGAGGCAGCGGAGGCUUUACUGCAACGUGGGCAUCGGGUUUCACCUUCAAAUCCUCCCAGACGGAAGGAUAAGCGGAGUUCACAAUGAAAACCAAUACAGUCUCUUUGAAAUAUCCACUGUAGAAAGAGGUGUUGUAAGUCUGCUUGGUGUGAAAAGUGCUCUCUUCAUUGCAAUGAACAGUAAGGGCAGGUUGUAUGGGACGGCUGUUUUCCAAGAUGAGUGUAAAUUCAAGGAAACCUUGCUGCCCAAUAACUACAACGCGUAUGAAUCCAACGUUCACCGUGGUGCUUACAUAGCCCUGAGCAAACACGGCAGGGUGAAGAGAGGGAACAAGGUUUCUCCUGCCAUGACAGUGACCCACUUCUUACCAAGAAUAUGAGCACCAAGAAAAGAAGAUUAAAUCCUAGGACAAAGUGUUUCGUUUUGCACAUGGGGAAUAACCUCCCAGGUAAAGUAUUUAUACUGGUCAUUGAAAAAAAAAAAAAAAGAAAUCUCUAUAUGUAUGUGUAUAUUUGGAUAAAAAUAUUUGUACUAGAUUCAUCACAUGGCAUAUGAAAUACAAUGCUGCUUCUCUCCUACUCUGUACAAAUUUUACAUGGCUGUUUGCCUCCUUUGGUGCUGUACAGAGAAAAAUGCAAUCUGGAGUGCAAAGGAAAUUUUUGGAAGAUGCAGAAUGGCUGUGGGCAACCAUCUAAUCAAUCUUAGGUGAUUUACUAAAUGUUAUUUACCUCAGAUAAUAACCUCUUGUAGUGAGCUGUUUACAUACCAUGGGCCAAAUCACCAGAUGAUUUUGCUUCACCAGAGCUUCAGGCAGUUCAAUCCAUCUGCAUAUCUGCCUGCAUCCCCGCUUUACAGACUGUAUCCUGUCUUGUAAAGUUCUCAAACUGCUUUGAUCAUUUAAGGUGCCAAUUCCACAAAUGUUUCUACACAAGCAAACUGUCUAUUCCUGGAGCCCCUCUGUCUCUGAAGGGAUUCUCCAGGGUCUCCUCACAUGGACUGGUGGCAAAAUGAAGACCUACAAUCAGUUUCUUGUGGGAAGGGUCACAGAUGGAUUUGGAGCUGAAGAUUUUGAAUGGAAUUUUGUGAUCUUAGUUUAGACUUACUUCCAAUAUAGAUGUGUACAUCUUUAAUAUUAAUAUUUGUAUAUAUAUAGACAUGGGAUGUGUGAGUGUGCAUAAUUACAUACUUUUAAUGAAUCAAUCAUCCCAGUGUCCUGAUGCCCAGGUGCCUUUAUAUAAAAGAAAAGCAAUAUUUAAAGGCACUCCAUUUCAUUUAGCUUGAAUGUUGUUAAUCUCUAAUUAUUAGAACUGCUCUAUGGGAUGCCUUUUAUAAAAUAUGAGAAAUUCAUGGAAGCUUCCAGCAAAAGGUUAUUUUAGAAAACUCUGUGUUGAAUUUUCACUGUCUUAAGUAUAUUUGGUUCUUCUCUAUCAUACCUCCCUGAGGUGUGAAGGACAGAGAAAGAAGGAGGCUGAACAAGCAUACCUUCCCAUGUUGGGACAGAGGAAUCCGUGCCAUAAUUCCAAUUUCUGUCACUUGCAAAGCAUCAGUUUCAAAGACAACACAGCAAGCUGCAUGAAAUACUCUUCAAAGCCCUCCUAGAAGCUGUACAAACGGCACAUAACCUUGCCUUGCUAUUUUGACAACCCUUUUCCAGAUCACCAAUGAAGCUGCAUUCUCUGUGCCUUUGAAAGAGUAUUUUAGGAGGCCCUAAGUCAAUAGUCACUAUAAAUGUCAGUUACCAGAAGCCUUGGGAUUCCUUCAUUGGUGGCGUGCUCCUAAAUUUGAAACUAGAUUCAAUGCAAUGUCAGAGCAUGAGCAUUUUCAGCAUAGAUGGACCAUGCUGCUGCAGAAGUGAAUAUCUGAGUGCAAGAUUAUCUCCCACGUCCAGCCAAAAUGGGGCUAUGUCCAGCCUUGACAUGCCAUUCUAUUUGCAGGGGCUGUCUAUUCGUGAUGAAUUUGAGCCUUCUGACAUGCAUGAGAGACACUGUCAGGGCCAGAUCCUCAGCUGGAGUAAAUCAGCCCAGGAAAACUAUCAGUUUAUAGCUGCAGAAGAUUUGGCCCAAAGGACAUACCCACAAGGAUGUACCCACCACCACCAUUCCAGAGAAACUGUCAAUGCAAUUGUUUUGUGAACCAAAUACAGUUUUCCAGCAUCUCUAGUGUGACUUAUACUUUAAUUUAUCUGGUUCAAAUGUAAGUGAUGAUCACAGCCUAAAUGAAGAGAAAAAAAGAGUGGAAUACUGCUCACAGUACAGGAAUGGGAUGCUUUGGAGGAAACUUUGGAAGGAAAGAAGUUGGAAGGAAUUGCUCUUUAUUUUCUGGUCUUGCAGUAUUUCAGAGAGAAGCCAAGAUGAUACACUUUGUUCACCCACAACGUGUGCAGCAGUUGGCUUUGGAAAAAAUGUGCAUUUGAAGUGAAAAAUCAGGAUGUUUUGAGGGGGGAGAGAGUGGGUCAAGGAAAAGUUUGGAGGGUAUCAGGCAGUACAUUGACCUGGAGUCCCCAGAAGUACAGAGAGCUGUGCUGAAAUACAUUAGCUGGCAACCUGUAUCCUGGUGUUAUAUUCCUAAUUGUCUUUGAAGUGAUGUUUGAAAAGGGUGGAAGAGUCCAGGGAUGUAGAAGGAAAUAGAGUUCAAAUGCUGGCACACAAGUUUGUUUCUGAUCACAGCUUAAUCUAGCAUCCUUAUGACAUGAUAAAGUCUGUUCCCUCUUAAACCAGGGCAGCCUAGAGAAAGUGAUUGUUGCCAGUACUGGUAAGCACUGGGACAGCUGACACAAAAGGUG